AUGGGUCCCUCCGGCCACUACAGCUGGUUGUUGAUGGCCAUCAGCUCGGUAUUUGCCCCGCACGGUUCUCCUCGCCGCCACCUACACGUUCUACAACCUCUUCCUCCCCUCCGAGCCGUCCCAGGCCCCAAGCUGUGGGCAGUCUCUCAAAUCCCCUACAUCCUCGCCUGGCUCUCAGGCCACGCCUCCUCCACCAUUCACGCCUUCCAUGAGCAAUACGGCGACGUCGUCCGCGUAGCGCCGAACCGGUUGUCCUUCACCCACCCGGACGCAUAUCAAAACAUCCGUGGCCACCGCAAGUGCACUCAAGAAGAGCACGGAAAAGAUAGGGCCUUUUACGUCAUCUCGCGACAGAACAUUCUAGGCGCAUCGCGCGAGGACCAUGCCCGAUUCCGCCGGAUCCUGUCGCACUGCUUCUCGGCCAAGAGCAUGCAGGCGCAGCAGCCACUCAUCACAAAACAUGUCGACUUGUUGAUGCAGCGGCUGAGGGAGAGAACGACGACGACGCAGGACGGAGAUGGCAAGAGGAAGGAGGCCGUCGUUGACCUCGCCGCGUGGUUCAACUUUACCACCUUUGACAUCAUUGGCGAUCUCGCGUUUGGCGAGCCGUUUGGGUGUCUAGAGGAGUCCAGGUAUCACCCCUGGGUGAGUGCCAUCUUCCGCGGAGUGAAGCAACUCGGUAUCAUGCUCGCGGUAGAGUUAUAUCUGCCAGGAGCAGUCAACUUCGCACGCAAGGUUUUGCCGACAGCCUUCGUCGCCAUGGAUAAGCAGACGGAGUUUGCCAACGAGCGGAUCGCGAGACGGCUGCAGCUCGAGACCGGCCGGCCUGACUUUGUCGAGGCCAUGGUGACCGCAAAUUCGGAAGACGGGCGGAUGCUGACCAGACAUGAAAUGGCUGUCAACGCGAGACUGCUAGUUUUUGCCGGCAGCGAAACAACGGCCACCGCGCUGGCAUCGGCCGCUUACUUCCUUUCAAAGUAUCCCGAGGUACAGAAGAAGUUGGCCGACGAGGUGCGGUCAAGUUUUACGUCCGAGGGCGAGAUUGACUUGUUCUCGGUCAAUAAGCUGCAAUACAUGAUGGCGGUGCUGGAUGAGGCCAUGAGGGUGUUCCCGACCGUGCCCGGCCACCUGCCAAGGACAUGUCACGCAGGAGGAGACGUCAUCUGCGGAAUCCAAGUACCUGCAGGCACUGGCCUCGAAGUCUGGCCUCUGGCCAUGAAUCGUUCCCGGAGGAACUUUACAGAACCCGACAAGUUCAUCCCCGAACGCUGGCUCCCCGAAGCCGAGUACACGGGGAUACGAUUCGACAGGGAGAGACACGGCGCCUUUCAGCCCUUCUCGGUUGGGUCACGCAACUGUGUUGGGAAGAACCUGGCCUACAUGGAGAUGCGCUUGAUCUUGGCCAGACUGAUCUGGAAUUACGACUUGGUCCUGGCGGAUGAGGCUGCUGACCGCUUUCUUGACUGCCCGGCCUUCGGCUUAUGGUUGAAAGGGCCGUUGCAUGUACGGCUGAUACCAUUGACGACGGACUGAUGUCUGGUGAGCAGCUCGAGCAGAGUCAAAGACAUGUAACGCCCGAGGGAGAGGGGUUCUAAAGCUUAUUCAAAGCCUGUUGCACUUUAAUUGGCUCAUCAUGCUCUCGUAAGCUAGUACCCAACGCGUACUCAAGUACUGUAGGUACUGUAGCCAUUUGGGACGCAGGCCGGCACUUCCAAGUCAUUGGCGUGACCGUCGGUGAUGGCAUGC